CUUCCAGACGGGGAGACACAUCACUGCUCUGAGUUGGACUACACUGGACACUGAGCUGCUGCAGUCUACUCUCUGUCUGAAUCCCCUUUAUCUCCUAAACUACUACCACUAGUAGUUUGCUCUUGAGAUCGGACAGCCGGAAUCUGAAAAGUCUGUUUUUGUCACUGUUCUGCCUCUGAAAGCCACAGUGGAUACUGUGGACAUACUGGACACUGAGCUGCAGCAGACCACCUCUCUUUUCUGCACUACCGGACAGUUUGCCACGCAGUAUCGAACUCGUAGUUCAGCUGCUAGCAGUUUGUUCUCUUUCAUCCUGUGCUUCUGGGGGAGGGAGGCAAAGACUUGAGAGAGGAUGCUAACUGCUGGUUGACAAGCCGACUCGGGAAGGUCUUCCUUUCUGUUGUCAACUUUGUCGUCUCCUUCAGUGGGUUCCUCAAGCUCGUUUGAGUGCUUAUUUUCCGUCCGAGUCGAGUCUAAGCUGCCCUACAGGGCCAUCAUCAUUGGGUCACCACCAUGCAGGUGUCGUUAGUGUGCUCGGACAACCACCGUGGCGGUGGCGUGACACGCACCACGGAAGAGCGUCUGAACCAACGGAACUCCAACAGCCCCAGUCUGGGCACCAAGAACAAGUUCCGCGCUGUGGCCAUGGUGGCCCGCAGCCUGGGACAGCUGUCCAUCAACAUUCCCUCGUCCAGCGACCAGAGCAUACGCACUGGCAUGAAGUAUAGAAACCUGGGCAAGUCUGGAUUGAGGGUGUCCUGCCUGGGAUUAGGCACGUGGGUUACCUUCGGAGGACAGAUCACAGAUGAGAUGGCGGAAGAAAUAAUGACAUUGGCCUAUGAGAACGGGAUCAAUCUGUUUGACACAGCGGAGGUCUACGCUGCAGGGAAGGCAGAGGUCGUAUUGGGAAACAUCAUCAAGAAGAAAGGUUGGAGGCGCUCCACUUUGGUCAUCACCACCAAGAUAUUCUGGGGAGGAAAAGCAGAAACAGAAAGAGGGUUGUCCAGAAAACAUAUCAUCGAAGGACUAAGGGCAUCGCUAGACCGACUGCAGCUAGAGUAUGUGGAUGUCGUUUUCGCAAACAGACCAGACCCCAACACACCUAUGGAAGGAGACCCAUUUCACACCUCAAAGUCCAAGACAUUCAUCAUAGAAGAGACGGUGCGGGCAAUGACCCAUGUGAUCAACCAGGGUAUGGCCAUGUACUGGGGAACGUCGCGCUGGAGCUCCAUGGAGAUCAUGGAGGCGUACUCAGUGGCCAGGCAGUUCAACCUGAUACCCCCUAUAUGUGAGCAGGCUGAGUACCACAUGUUCCAGAGGGAGAAGGUGGAGGUGCAGCUUCCCGAGCUCUUCCACAAAAUAGGUGUGGGUGCCAUGACGUGGUCUCCGCUGGCGUGCGGGAUCAUCUCAGGGAAGUACGAUAGUGGGGUACCCCCGUACUCACGGGCCUCACUAAAGGGCUACCAGUGGAUGAAGGACAAGAUCCUGAGUGAGGAGGGGCGCCGUCAGCAGGCGAAGCUGAAAGAGCUGCAGGCCAUUGCCGAGCGACUGGGCUGCACCCUGCCCCAGCUCGCCAUCGCAUGGUGCCUGAGGAAUGAAGGGGUGAGCUCUGUGCUACUGGGGGCCUCCAGCACAGACCAACUGAUGGAGAAUCUAGCAGCAAUACAGGUUCUUCCAAAGUUGUCGUCCUCCAUCGUUCAUGAGAUGGAUAGUAUCCUAGGCAACAAGCCCUAUAGUAAAAAGGACUACAGAUCCUAGAGGCUGCCUGAGGAACAUUGUUGGGCGGAGGUCAGCAUCUUCCUUCUUCCUCGUCUGCGACCAGCUUCAGUUGAACAAGACACCAGGCACCAUGGGAAAUAUAUAGCCAUUGAACCACUUGGGAAAGUCAAUCAGAGUAUCUAAAUAUAUAUAUAUCUUUCUCCCAACCCAAAGAUUUUAGAGGAGACUUGGAGACAUUUCCCAUCCGAGGAAUUGUAUUCACCAUUCACAGUCCUUAAAAACACUUCGUUCAUAAACUAUUUAUUCUAUAACAGAUUCUUGAUUGAAAAGGUUCAGAAUCCAGAAUACCUUUGAAAAGGUUUUUGUCUUGUAUAGGUCCCAUAAAAUAAAUUGAUCCAGCACUCCAUUAAAGAUGCACUAUGCAAAAUCACAAAAAUUCAAAUAGUUCGCUUAAUUUCAGUAUAUAUGACAAAACAAGCAAGUAUAGUGCAGAGAAUCACUGUAACAUCUAAACCGCUGUGAAAUAUGUUCUCCAUAACCAACAAUAUUUUCAGCUGUUUGAAGCUAGUGUGCAAAACUGAAAGUAAGACACAAAACAAAACAAAACUUAAGAACAGGAGCACAUAGAACAGAUCUGCCGCUUCUUAGACUUGCUUUCAAUGAGAAUGACAUAUCUUUAACACACAUUUCUAUGUGAAUUUGGUCAGGUCGCCCAAAACGUUACAUAUUGCAACUUUAAAUAGCUAAUACUGAACAUUUGUUGAGAUUACCAAAGCUGAUACUAUUCCAUGCGUAGAUAAUAGAAAUAGAAUGAUGAGUGGACAUGAUUCUGUAUCUGAUAUAAAGGGCAUGUGUCCAACUAUGAUGAUGAGUUGAAAAAGGACAUUGAACACUUAAAUAGUUAGUAUGGUUAAACCACACCCAUUCAACUAAGGCAACUUGGGCUGCCAUCUUUUCAACUGGCAAAAAGUUGAGAUCUUGCCUGCACCCACUCUUUCUUCAGUAUACAGACUGAACCAUUAUGAGUUAUUUCUGAAUUUCACCUAGCUACAAGACUGUACAUCUGCCAGUCUGUGUGUCUUUUGUUGUUGUAAGCCUACCGAAUGGCUGUGUCUAUCCUAUUCAUUGUAUUUCUUCACUUAUAUACCUUUACACACACACUCCCUCCCUCUGCAUCAGUGUGAAGAGGGCAGCCCUCCCAGCCGUGUACAGUAAUGGCUUUUCAGAGAGCACUCAGUGAGAAAACCCCUUGCCUCAAAACUCUGUCACAUCCUAUUGUGACUGGAUCAGGUUAAGUGUUUUUAACUUUUUACUCUCUGUAUCGCAGAAGACAGAGUCCCGGGAUUGGUCAUGCAAUUUUCCCAGAGUGCUCGAUAAAACAGCUUCCUGUGUUAUGAAGUUAUGUAACACAAAACAGAACGAACUGGCACCACCAAAAACUACUUCUCCCUUCCCGAAAAUAUAUAUGUUUGAUUAAAGUGUAAUGUUCCAGUUUCAUAAAUGCUUUCUGUGAGCAGACAAUGGGCAGUUAUAUUUGUGUGUGUGUGUGUGUGUGUGUGUGUGCGUGUGCGUGUGUGUGUGUGUGUGUGCGUGAGCUCACUUUACCUGGUCGUGGUCACUGCUGUAGUUGGACAAGAGACAUGUUCACUCAUCUAAAGCCAAAGAGAACACCCCAACACACAUAUUACUGUACUGUAUAAUACUCAAGGCAUCUAAGUGGUUUCUGCCAGUCAGAGUGACUGUGGUUAGUUUUGAUUUCAGUCUCAACGUCGCUUGAGAUUCAUUUAGGAAGGUCAUUGAAGAUGUGGGAACAUGAUAUUUGGGAAACACAGUUGCAAACAUAGUAUUUUCUGUGUUUGCAAUGUUGCAUUUACUGCCUAAUGAUGUUGUGUCCCUAUUCUAAACAUUGUUCAAAAGCAUUUGUGACCUAGACACACCGGUCGUAUCUCAUUCUAAAUGAGAUAGAGAUAGCAAGAGAGAAAAAGAGAGAGAGGGACAUGUCUCAGUCAAAGUCAAUGCUGCAAACCUCAGGAGUAUCUUUGUUGGGUCUUUGGCGCCACCUUCAGGUCAUAAAACAUCAAUGGCAGCAUUGAUGUUGAUAUUUCUUGUCUGAGAAAACACCCAUCCUGUCUACAAUUGGUAUUAAAACCUGAUCCAUGCUUCACCUUAAUAUUUUGAGCUAUAUAUUUUGAUUUGAUAAUGUAAUUUCAAUUUGGCAAGAUAACUUGCCAUUAUAACAACAUGCUCUAACUAUGGCAAUGGAUGGUCGAUGGUAUGAUACCAUUUAGUAACAAGACAGUGAAGUCUACAGUAAAUAAAAUUUUGUAACACCUUACCCUCCAGUUUGCAUAAGUAUCUAUACCCAUUGGAGUUGUGACACUGAGAUAGUUGGCCCACAUCAACUCUGCUGUCCAACCAGUUACUGAAAUAAAUGACUGGGUCUGAAAUGACUGGAACUUGAGCAUUAGGUCUGAUGAUAGUUUAAGGUAGGCUGAUGGAUGUGCUUCCAGGAUAACUUAGCCCGUAGUUCAGCACAACAUAGGCCUGCAAGAUUUAUGGGGUGUCCAGAUUUGCAGGACACCAGACAAAAAAAAAGUGACUGUUUAUAUAUUGCAUGGGCACCCACUAGUAACACUACUCUUUAGCUAAUGUUGAUACAAAUACAGCAUAUUGUCUGAGUGUAAACCUUCAGCUUUUUUAAAGUUGUCUACCUAUGUUUUACAUGUAACAUACCUAUUUUUCGUAUGCUUAAAUUAUGUAUCUAAGGCUUCGCCUGUAAGGCUUUUGGGCUUUCACCAAAGCUCACGACUGAGCAACAUAUAGGAAACAUCUUAUUUUAAAGACAGGUUAUAUACUGUAACCGCUCAAAUUGUACAGUUGCAUAUGUGUGUGAGUGGGUGCAUGUGUUCAUGAGUGCGAUCCUGUGUAUGGGUGUAUACCAGUAACCAACACUGCUCUCUUAUGUUUCGUACUGUGUGCUCUGAUGUUGACUUUGUGCAUUUCUCUGAGCUUGUGGUCACCAGGCCUGGUUCUACCUAGUCCCAGUGAGUUACUGCAACAAGGCAUCUCUACAUCAGACUGUCACUUAGAAACAUUAAGUAAAGGAGUGUGUUGGGAGCUAGCCUGGGUGCCAGGAGAAAGAGAUGGGCACCCAAGCUAUGCGUGAGCCUCAUCCAAUGAAAAGUGAUUAUUUAGCCACGGAUCACUCUCUUUGGGUGUGUUUUAAAGUAAAUUUACAUUAUAUAACAUUUCUAUCCUUUCCAGAUUGAUGGAAUGCUGGUCAGACACAAGUAAAUGCAGCCCGAGCAUCUAGUUAAGGCACGCUAUAAAGACACACCACUAUGUUGUAGAUAAGAGCAAACAUAAUCAACUAAGUAGAGUACGCUACUGUGCAUUUCAUGUAAAGGGACUAAUUCACAAGCUAUUUUAAUGGUCUUAUUUUUUACACACACAAAUACUGUGCAGCAUAGGAAUCUGUAAUAUAGUCAACUGCAAGCUAUUUGUACAUUUGCAAUGUCAAAAUACAUAAUGGAUUCACAGAUUCUUUCUGUACUGUAUAUAAUCUAAAUUCUGUAUAUACUGUAUGGCUGUUAGCUAUCACUUCCUGCCUUUGUUUUAUGUUCUGUUCAUUUUGCAAGCAUUGCUAACUGAAUUGUGAUUGAAGCAGACUUUAGGUGAAUUGUGUUUACAGCUUGAGAACGUAUAAAUAUUCAAAUAAAUGCUAUAAAUAAAAAAUAAACGUAUUGACUUCAUACAGAACAUGA